AAAACUGCAGCUGUCAAAAGACAACGACAACCCUGUACAAUUGUUUGUGUUAGCCAAAAGAUACACGGAACUUUAAUGUGUAAGAAUGAAAAUACAUUUUCGCGAGCAAUAUGGCACCAAAGGGGAGGAAAUACUAUAUGUAACUCCAGCAGAUCAGAGCAAUAUAGUUCGAGUGCCAUUGCGUGGCGAUAAGCUCGUUAUACAGGAAAAGUUUCUAUUGUUGCGCGUACUCCAGAACAUAUUUUUACCUCAAGGUUAUCCGGAUUCCGUGUCGGAGGACUAUGCGGCAUAUCAGAUUUGGGACACAUUGCAGGCAUUUUGUAGCACCAUUUGUGGUACACUCUGCACUCAUGCCAUACUCAAGGGGCUGGGAGUGGGAAGUGAGAAUAUAAACGCGUACUCGGCAACAGUUACCUGGAUACUAAAAGAGGGCAGCGGUCAUGUAGGGCGUAUUGUGUUUGCGUGGUGGCAAGGCAGCCAGCUGGAUGUGGACUCUAAAAAGUGGCGACUACGCGCCGAUUUUCUCAACGAUCUAGCCAUGGGCAUUGAAAUAUAUGUGCUUCCUAAGUAUCCACACUUGAGCACGCAAAUAUUAUGCGGUUCCACACUGCUGAAAGCCAUAGUGGGCGUAGCUGGUGGCGCAACGCGUGCAGCUCUAACACAGCAUCAUGCAGUGCGUGGCAAUUUGGCGGACGUAGCUUCCAAGGAUAGCUCGCAGGAGACUUUCGUUAAUCUGAUUGCUUCCUUUGUGGGCCUGUACCUGCUAACGCUCAUCAAGAGUCAGCCGAUGCUCUAUACUGUAUUUUCCAUAGUGGUUGCACUGCAUCUUUAUGCCAAUCUUAAAGCGGUUCGUGCAGUAUGCUUACGCACAUUUAAUGCCUCACGCUAUCUGAUAGCGCUAGAAGAAUUCUUUCGCUCGUCACGCAUGCUUACACCACAGCAGGUCAACAUAAUGGAGCGCGUAACCGUUGGGAAAACUGUCUCCGUCUCUCGCAACAUACGCUUGGGCUUGAGUGUCAAGAAUCUCAUUGAUGAGUACAAGAGCAGCAGCGUUAUUGAAAACAUUGUUUCCUCAUUUGAUCCACAUGAGCGAUUUAUCAUAGCUGAGAGCAAAAAAUAUUUAGGCGUUUAUCUACACUUUGAUACGCGUCCACAAGAUGUGCUUAAGGCCUACUUCUUCGCUGUCUCUUAUCUGCAGGACAGAAAUCAAAUCAAAGAGCAGUAUUGGGAUAUACAGGCCAAGUGGCAGGAUUUCUUAGCCCUAGCACAACAGGAAGGUUGGUUUAUCAAUCACCAUUUGCUGCUGGUUGAUGAGUAUCGUUUGGACUGGAAGGUCUAGUGGCUGUUUUAGUUUCAUGUCUACACCAAAGCGCUUAGUUGUUGGCAAUUAACUAGAUAUUAUUUUUAUGUUUAUAUGAUACAUUUCCACAUAUCUCAUAUGGUAAUACCAUUAGUCAAAUUAUGAUAUUAUCUGUACUUAGAUUUAGUCACAUUUCAAUCUCAAAUUGAUUUCUCAUAAUAUGCUUGAAAAUCGAUGCUAACGUGAACAUCUUCCAACUAUAUAUGUAUGUUAACUCUGCCUUACCACAAAGUAACGUUUGGUAGACGAUUUUCAAAAACCAAAAUUUAAUUCUAAUCACUGCGAGAACAUUUUAUAGUGUCGCUUGUUAAUGUAAAGAAACCACUAAAAGGUAUAUGUAUAUUUUGUAUUAACUUGUACAUGUCGAGCAGUUACUUUUUACUGUACUUUUAUAUAAAGAUAUAUAUAUGUAUUACAAAACUGCGCAACGAAUCGAGCCGCUUAUAUUGCAUCAUUCCAAAUUGUACAAAAUUAAUAAGCUUAAUUUGAUUUAAAUGCACUGUCCAGUACGUUUUAUACAAAGAUGUAAUAUUAUUUGUAAGCUUUGAAUAUCUAUAUACAUAAAUAUUUAAUCCGUUCGCAUAUAGCCAGUCCAUUAGCUUAGCUUGUAAUGCUUGAUUAUGUAUGUCAAGUAAAAUAUUUUAAUUAGCAAUGCAAAAUACACGCUAAUGAUUUUAACAAAACAUUUUAAGCAAUAAAAAUA